AUGGAUCUCUUGUUGCAAUUUAUCUGGAAAGAAAUGGAUAGGGCGGAGGAGGAUUCGCUCCGCUCAUGGGAGGAGCAGUGCCGGCUCUACGAGGCGUACAACGAGCUCCACGGCCUUGCCCAAGCCUUCCACACUCCCUUCGACGCCCCCGCCGUCCUCGUCGUCGGCCACCAGACAGAUGGCAAGAGCGCAUUGGUCGAGGCCCUCAUGGGCUUCCAGUUCAACCACGUCGGCGGCGGCACCAAGACCCGCCGCCCCAUCACUCUCCACAUGAAGUUCGACCCCGACGCCCACUCCCCUCUCUGCCGCCUCGUCUCCGACUCCGACCCGGCCCAGGCCCACCUCAUGUCCCUCCACGACAUCCAGGCUUACAUUGAGGCCGAGAACAUUAGGCUCGAGAAGGAGCCGUCUCUCUUCUCGGCCAAGGAGAUCAUUAUUAGGGUUGACUACAAGUACUGCCCUAACCUCACCAUUAUCGACACUCCUGGCCUCAUUGCUCCUGCUCCUGGCCCCAAAAACCGAGCUCUACAGGUUCAAGCUCGCGCAGUCGAAGCACUAGUGCGAGCUAAGAUGCAGCACAAGGAGCUCAUUAUAUUGUGUCUUGAAGACUGCAGUGACUGGAGUAAUGCAACUACGCGAAGAGUUGUUAUGCAAAUUGAUCCUGAGCUUUCGAGGACUGUGAUUGUUUCGACCAAGCUUGAUACGAAAAUACCACAGUUUGCGCGGUCGUCAGACGUGGAGGUGUUUCUGUCACCUCCCACGUGUAUGCUCGAUGGCUGCAUCUUGGGAGACUCCCCCUUUUUUACUUCUGUGCCGUCUGGAAGAGUUGGUGUUGGGCAUGAUUCCGUUUACAGAUCUAAUGAUGAGUUUAAACAGGCAAUAUCUGUAAGAGAAAAGGAAGAUGUUGCAAGUUUAGAGGAAAAAUUGGGUCGCUCACUGUCUGUACAAGAGAGAAGUAGAAUAGGCGUAAGCAAACUUAGGUCUUUUCUGGAAGAAUUGCUACAGAAAAGGUAUAUGGAAAAUGUACCACUUAUCAUUCCACUUCUUGAGAAGGAAUACCGGAGUGCAACAAGAAGGAUGAAUGAGAUAAAUCAAGAACUCAGCACUUUGGAUGAACUGAAACUAAAGGAGAAAGGGAGAUUAUUUCAUGAUAUGUUCUUGACGAAGUUAUCAUUGCUAUUGAAAGGAACAGUUGUCGCACCCCCAGACAAAUUUGGUGAAACACUACAAGAUGAGAGGACUAAUGGAGGAGCAUUUGUUAGCAGUGACGGCCUUCAGUUCCCUCACAAGCUUAUACCUAAUGCAGGAAUGCGUCUCUAUGGGGGUGCACAAUACCAUCGUGCCAUGGCUGAGUUCCGUUUUGUAGUUGGAGGAACAAAAUGCCCUCCAAUUACAAGGGAAGAAAUCGUGAAUGCAUGUGGAGUUGAAGAUAUACAUGACGGAACAAACUACUCUAGGACAGCUUGUGUAAUAGCUGUUGCAAAAGCUCGUGAUACGUUUGAGCCUUUCCUUCAUCAGUUGGGUGGUAGACUCUUGCAUAUUCUGAAGAGAUUACUUCCCAUAUCCGUCUAUCUUCUUCAGAAAGAUGGUGAGUAUUUGAGUGGCCACGAGGUGUUUCUCAAGCGUGUUGCCUCUGCAUUCAAUGACUUUGCAGAAUCUACCGAAAGGGCAUGUCGUGAAAAGUGUAUGGAGGAUUUGGUAAGCACCACACGCUAUGUCACAUGGUCUCUUCACAAUAAGAAUCGUGCUGGGUUACGUCAGUUCUUGGACUCGUUUUCUGGAACAGAACAUACCACUGUUAGUGGUACUUCUGUAUCAUCUGGUCUUUCUCAAGAUUCAGUAGUUGGGUCUGUUGCCAAUGAGAAGGACACCAAAUCACGGGCAGAUGUGAAGCUUAGUCAUCUGGCCUGUGCCAAUGACUUGACUUCAAUUCAAACGACAGAAACAAGGCUGGCUGAUCUGCUGGAUAGUACACUUUGGAAUAGGAAACUUGCUCCGUCAUCUGAAAGGAUUGUUUAUGCUUUGGUGCAGCAGAUAUUUCAUGGCAUAAGAGAAUAUUUCUUGGCCUCUGCGGAGUUGAAGGAGGACGACUACGUGAAGUGGAACCAUUUGAAGAAUGGCUCAAGUCUCGCUCGCCUCCUCAUCCCAUCCCUCUGA